AGGUACCGCUGGAUCGACAGUCUAUCGCCACGUUCAAUGUCCUUUACCAGAAGGCAGAACUGACGUGAUCUCUAGUCAUUGGGAAAGUCAAUUAUGAGCCUCCAGACCGUGUUAGAACCCCCCAAACACGUCAAUAUGCCAUUCCCGACGAGCAUGAUACUGUGGGCCACGAACAUACCCUUCUGCACAGGCAUCCAUAGCCUCAGAACGAGACAUAACUUAUGUUCCCCGAAACGCCUCCUUGGAAUUGGUGUCAAGCCGAAGACUCUACCAGAACUUUCCCCUGGGAACGCGACUAGUCCUUUAAGCUACCCUCGGACUCACUUCACACGACUUCACAUGCUCUGUAUCGAGUUAUUCCCUCUUUCACUGGCGAAAUUUAGACUUAGAGAUAGCCAGGCACAAAUACAUGACUUGGAUAAGCCAACGCCCUAAUCUUGCAGAAACUACAUAAUAUGAAUGGGAAUGAGAAUCUUCGCAAGGGACAUCAGUCUCAGAUCCUGGUGCCUUCCGCGGGACUGACAUGUUCCGCUGGCGAACACC